UUACUAUAUAUUCAAAUUGUGUUGCACAAACAUUUCCAUAUGGAUGAGACUAUGUUGAGUUACACGGCAUCGUUUAAUUCAUCGGAUGAGUUACAUAAAAAUUUUGUCAAAGAGGAGCGAAGCAUCAAGGUUUCUAUAAAGACUUUUCUAAAGCCAUGCCGGUAUAUCUAG